AUGGCGCCGCCAUGGCACCAGCCGGCGAUAGAGCAGCAGGCGGCGCUGGUGUGCACGAAGGAGCCAUUCACAGAGCCUGACAUGCCCCGAAAGAUCCAGCAGAUCUCCUUCGGGCUGCAGACGCCGGAAGACAUCAUGAGAUGCGGCGUGCUCAACGUCUGGGAGCGCUCGCUGUACAAGCGGGCAUGGGUCGGGUUGGAGGCGCAGGGGCAGCGGCUGAAGCACGCCGCGCAGUCCAGCAGCGACACCGACGACGGCGGCGCAGCAGCAGCUGCAGGGGCUGCAGCUGCGGCCGCAGCAGCGCGACCAGCGGCCGUGGGCGGCUGGUGA